CUCCCCCAUAUACACUAGCAAGUGUCCCAAACCAAAAUCCAAAGCUAAACCUCUUCAAUUCAAUUGAAUUCCAUGGCACCAACCAUUCCCAACCCUCCUCCGAUUUCAAUUCAAAACCAAGACCCCGAAGUUCCCCAACCCAACCCUACCUCUCUUCUUUCCGAACCAAGCUUCUCCACUGUUCAAAAAGUAAAACGCAACCUAUUACUGCGUUCAACAUGGACCGAACUUAACGGCGCCAUGGGUGACCUAGGCACAUACAUACCCAUAGUUUUAGCGCUAACCUUAGCCAAAAACCUUAACCUAGGAACCACAUUGAUUUUCACUGGCUUCUACAACAUUAUCACCGGUGCCAUCUACGGUGUCCCCAUGCCCGUUCAGCCCAUGAAGUCCAUCGCCGCCGUCGCCCUCUCUGACCCCUCCUUUUCCGUGCCGGAGAUCAUGGCCUCUGGCAUCUUGACCGGAGCCACCUUGCUCGUCUUGGGUGCCACCGGGUUGAUGCAGCUCGUUUACAAGCUCAUUCCUUUGGGUGUUGUAAGAGGCAUUCAACUUGCUCAAGGCUUGUCCUUCACGUUGACCGCGGUCAAAUACGUGAGGAAGGUUCAGGACUUGCCGAAGUCUAAGUCUUUGGAUGGAAGACACUGGUUUGGGUUUGAUGGGUUGGUUUUGGCCAUUAUAUGCGUUUGUUUUAUAGUUGUUGUGAACGGUGCUGGUGAGGAUCAUAGCGUAGAAACUAGUAGUGGUAGUAACAGUAGCAGUGUUGAAGUUGAAGAAAGGAAAAAGAAGAGAAUGAGGAAGGUUAUUUUCUCACUUCCUUCAGCUUUUAUAGUGUUUGUGUUGGGUGUGGUUUUGGCUUUUAUAAGAAGGCCUAGUGUGAUUCAUGAAAUUAAAUUUGGACCAUCUUCUAUUGACGUCGUGAAAAUGUCUAGAGAAGCAUGGAAGCAAGGGUUUAUAAAGGGGACAGUUCCACAACUUCCUUUGUCAAUUUUGAACUCGGUUAUAGCUGUUUGCAAGCUAUCAUCUGAUCUAUUUCCAGGGAGGGAUUUUUCAGUUACCUCGCUGUCUGUGACAGUAGGGUUGAUGAAUCUUGUUGGAGGGUGGUUUGGGUGCAUGCCAUGUUGUCAUGGGGCUGGUGGGUUAGCGGGGCAAUACAAGUUUGGAGGAAGGAGUGGAGGGUGUGUUGCACUUCUUGGUGCGGCUAAAUUGGUGUUGGGGUUGGUGUUGGGCACUUCUUUGGCUCACUUUUUCAAUGAGUUUCCUGUGGGGAUCUUAGGGGUGUUGCUAUUGUUUGCAGGGGUUGAACUAGCUAUGGCUUCUAGGGACAUGAAUAGUAAGGAAGAUUCGUUUGUUAUGCUCAUUUGUACUGCGGUGUCGCUUGUGGGUUCAAGUGCUGCUCUUGGCUUCUUGUGUGGAAUGAUUGUUUUCAUGCUUCUUAAGCUAAGGAAUAUGACAAAUUCUAAGCCUCUUUCUGCUGUUUGGAAGAAUGAAAUUGAAAGCACUGAACAAGUAUGAAGGAAAAAUAUCUAUCUGUGAUGUUAUUGCUUGCUUCUAAUAUCAGUGUUUUAAUUGUAGUAUAAAUACUAGUCGUUUAUAUGUGUGGCUUACAAUAAUUGUGUCACAAGUUUCCUUUUCGGGGGUCGUUUUCUCAUAGUUCUGGCAUUUGAUGCUGAAUUAUUGAGCUUCACUCUUAUGUCUUAUUUGUAUGUAAGGUGUGUAGUAUGAAGUUGUUCUGGUUCUUAU